AUGAGCCAUCCGGAUUUUCCCACAAGAUUAGCUGACCUGACGUUGACCGAUUCGACUCAUCAUCCCUCUCUGUAUGCAACGCUAAAAUCGAUUCGCAAGUCUGCCCUCUCUAUUCCGAAUCGCCUCACCUCGGUCCUUAGUGAUGCGGCGUUUGUCAAAGAAGUAUCCCAGCGGUACAACCUGCCGUUGGUGGCCAACGAGCGUUGUGGUAGCUGGUACAUCGACCCAGCUGAUAAAACAGGCAGUACGUAUUUCAAAAGCACAGACGGCCACCACGGACAAUGGGACUUUUCCCCGCGCAGACUCAAUCUGCAGCUUCUUCCGAUAUUAUCUGCUUAUGGCGGCGCAAUCGUGGUCGAUUCGACGCGUCGUGGCAAGAAUCUGCCAGAUGCCUUCAGUAAGACCGUGCCUAUCUGGACCGCAGUUGUCAAUAAAGCAUUGUUCCCAGAAAUCCCCUCGGCGCACAGACUUCAGACCCCGCCUCCACCAGAUGACCUAGGCCAUUCUGAGAUAUCGCAGAUUGAAGCCCGGCUCGAGGAUUUCACGAGCACCUUUACCGGUCUAGGGUUAGACUUGGAAAGCUUACGGAAGGAAUUGAGACGUCCUGUGCGCCUCACCUGGGAGAUCAACGGCUAUUCUAGUGUUCAAAGUGCUAACGAAGCCGACGUUCGUCCAUCAGGCUCAGGUUCUGAAGUCGGCCACUCCUAUCACAACCUCGUGCUGUGCUCCGCGUCUCGUCGCGUCCGGGGUGCAGAAAGCUCAGAAGGUGGAUACAUCCAAGGCGCUGGUGACGACAGCGAGGGUUGGUCGCACGGACUAACCGCAGAGCUCUUCUGGAGAUACAGAACGCUGUUGAUACAAACUCCCGAAGAUGAACUCCCUGCGCUGAUCGAAGAUCUCCUUGGAAAACAAAGAGAAGCGCAUGGCGCAGGUAAUUCCGUUACGAGGAUCACUCCAACGUCCAAUCUUUAUCUUGCAGUCGGGCCAGUCGAAAGCUUAGAUGGUUUCGACUUGAUUGUCAACUGUCAAGGUGACGCAAAAGGUCCAACAUCAAAAGUCGUUUGGUUAAACUGCCGCGAUGGCAAACUCGGUAGCAAAGAGCUUCGAGAUAAGUUGCCCGGCGCCGUCAGCGUCAUCAGCAAUCAGCUCCACACACAGCCUCAGAGCAAGAUACUGAUCACUUGCACAACAAGCAAAGAUCUCAGUGUCGGUGUGGCUAUUGCGAUUUUGUGUUUGUGCUAUGAAGACGAAGGACAUUUGAGAGAAAUCAGGGACCAGCCGAUUGUCGAGAAGCAACUGGUUAGGCGAAGACUAGCAUGGAUCAUCUGCUCAAAACAGGAUGCAAACCCCUCGAGGGCAACGCUUCAAGCCGUCAAUUCCUUCUUGAUGCAACGUCCGGCUUAA